CCGAAACAGCCAUGAUUAUCAAGUUCAUAUAUGUAGCUGUUCUCACAAGUAGUGUUGGAGGUUUUCUGUUUCAAAAUGAGACUAGAACUACGUUUCGUGCCGCGGUUUAUGAACAUGCGGUACACUUAUUUCCAUCGUCUUCUUCGACGACAAGACAAACAGCCCUGGCAAACAUGAUGAUGAACCUUGAGGAGUACAAACGCCAAGCAGACAUAGCGGGAGGUCAGGACGUGGACAUAUUGGUAUUCCCCGAGAUGGGUAUAUACGGCCUAGGGUUGUCGAGAGAAGGUAUAGCCCCUUAUCUCGAAAAUAUCAUCGACCCCGAAAAGGAAGUAUGGAGUCCCUGCGACUAUCCGCAUCGGUAUCCCAACUCCGAAGUGCAGCAUUUUCUCAGCUGCCUUGCCAAGAACAACUCACUUUACAUCGUAGCCAACUUCGGGGAUCGACAACCUUGUAGCCAGUCUCUUGACCCAAACUGCCAAGCUCAGUACCAGUAUAACACUGACUUAGUGUACGACCCACGCGGUAUUCUUGUUGCUAAAUACCACAAGGUGAAUCUUUACUUCGAAAAGUCAUUUGACUUCCCUCCUGUGAAUAAAGCAGUUACAUUUGACACCCCGUUUGGUGUUUUUGCCUUGGCGAUUUGCUUUGACGUUCUUUUUUAUGACCCAAUCAUUGACCUGAUCAUCAACCAUGGUGUGCGUAAUGUUGCAUUCCCUACUGCCUGGAUGGACAGACUGCCUUUCUUGUCUUCUAUAGAAUAUCAUUCGGCCUUUGCAGCUGGUAUGGGCGUGAAUAUGCUGGCUGCAAAUAUCAACUACCCUCGGAUGAGGUUUCAUGGAAGUGGAAUAUACACUCCUAAUGGAGCCUCACGUUUCAUUUACAACGACCAAACAGCUAGUGGAAAAUUACUUGUGAGCGACCUUUCAGUCAUUAACAAACACGGAAGUGUAACCCUUCCCCCAAGAACACCGACACUGAAAACGCCACACGUGACCGGAAGCAUUUUUAAGUCAAAGUUACAUUAUGAUUCAUACAACCUCACGUUAAUCUCCGGAAUUUCGGGUCAUGCGACCGUUUGCCACAAUACCAUUUGCUGCCAGCUGAACUACUCUAGACAAAAUACCAACGAGACGUUUGCGUUCGGAGCCUUUGACGGGCUACAUGGCCGCAAUGGGUCAUACUUUAUGUACCUACAGGUCUGUACAUUACUGAAGUGUACCAGAACCGGAAAUACAAGCUGCGAUGACAGAAAUAUGCAAUCACAGACAAUGUUCAAUAACGUUCACAUUACCGGUUACAAUUUCACAUCUUACAUAUAUCCUGAGGUCCUCCUUUCACAAAACGGUUCACUUGGAUUGUCUAUAGGUAGAUGGACGUACAGUUAUGGAGUGCUUCACGCGCCGACUGGGUACGAGGCUCCACUGGUGUCAACGAGCUUAUAUGGAAGGCUUUACUCCACUGAUGACAGCAACGGACGGGAGUCUUGGUAUCCUACUAAAAGAAGCGUAGCUGCCUCAGGCUCGAGGAGGCACGUGCCUACACAUACUCUUGUUAUGUGUUUGUUAUUUGUCAGUGUAAAUUCAAGAAAUUAAAAAUUAAAUAUGUGUAAUCAUUAAAAUAGAAGAUUAUACAAUAUCUAGGAUGUUUUCUUUAGGUCUAGUACAAAGUACGAAAAAUAACUUCUUUUUUUUUUGCUCGUUGUAACUUUGUUACAGUAAUAAAAAGCAACAUCUUGUAAUACACAAAUGUGCCGUACAACUUUCAAUCUUAUUUAAGAUAAAAUGGCAAUAUCACAACGAUGAACAAGUUUGUGGUCCGGACCAUUGAUUUUUGCAGAGGGAUAGAAUUGAAGGGUGGAAACUUUUUAAUUAGUUCUUAGUCAAGGUAUCAACUUAUUGCUUUUGAAUGUGUAAAUAGUAUUAUAUUUCUAAAUGUAUUUCAGUUAUGUGUAUCGAAUGCACUGCAAAAUGCUUUAACUUUGUGACGCUUAAGGACUUCCCAACCUUCGUAAUACACAUGUUUUUCUUGUCGUAUUUUCGUGUCGUCAUUUCCGUAUUGCGUAUCGGGCAUUCCAUUACCGUAGUGUAAAUUAUAGUAACACCGGGUAAGCAAAAGUACACGUGCGUGACGAUGAUAUGUCAACAUCCGAUAUCAAUAUCGAAACUUAUCUUGGAAAUGUGUAAUCACACAUACUUCAGAAAAUAAAGCUUAUGAUACAAAGACAUUAAUUAACUCACGGGUAGACACAGACAUAAGAUCAGACGACUUAAAAAAGGUCGUAGUUCACCAGCUCUUGGUCGCUACGACUUUUGUUGUCGAGCGAGUUACGCUCUGUCAGAUAAAUUGUAAAAA